AUGCCUUCUGACUUUUAUUCGAGGUUCAAUGCUUCUAGAAGAGGGGAGGAAAUGGCUUUGAGUGGUGGUAAGGGUGAUUUCCGACAGGUUUUGGGAGGAAAUGGCUGUGAGGGGUGGAGGCUUGAUGGAAAAAAAGUGGGUUUUGAUGGUGGAAAGUCAGGUGAAGAAAAUGAAGUUAGCAGGUUUGGGUCACGGGUAUUUGAGUUGGAGAACAAUGAAAUAGGUCAAGACUAUUUUGGGUAUGAAAAAGGUGAAGAAGAUGAGGUUCUUUCUCUGUGCCAAAUUGAGUCUGAAUCUUGA